AGUGCCGCCCUCGCCCGCGCGGUGGCAGCAUGGCCAGCCGGGUCCGGGCCGUGCGUGUCCGAGCGAUGUGUGUCCCAGCGGUGUCUGUCCGAGAGGUGCGUGUCCGAGCGAUGUGUGUCCCAGCGGUGUCUGUCCGAGAGGUGCGUGUCCGAGCGAUGUGUGUCCCAGCGGUGUCUGUCCGAGAGGUGCGUGUCCGAGCGAUGUGUGUCCCAGCGGUGUCUGUCCGAGAGGUGCGUGUCCGAGCGAUGUGUGUCCCAGCGGUGUCUGUCCGAGAGGUGCGUGUCCGAGCGAUGUGUGUCCCAGCGGUGUCUGUCCGAGAGGUGCGUGUCCGAGCGAUGUGUGUCCCAGCGGUGUCUGUCCGAGAGGUGCGUGUCCGAGCGAUGUGUGUCCCAGCGGUGUCUGUCCGAGAGGUGCGUGUCCGAGCGAUGUGUGUCCCAGCGGUGUCUGUCCGAGAGGUGCGUGUCCGAGCGAUGUGUGUCCCAGCGGUGUCUGUCCGAGAGGUGCGUGUCCGAGCGAUGUGUGUCCCAGCGGUGUCUGUCCGAGAGGUGCGUGUCCGAGCGAUGUGUGUCCCAGCGGUGUCUGUCCGAGAGGUGCGUGUCCGAGCGAUGUGUGUCCCAGCGGUGUCUGUCCGAGAGGUGCGUGUCCGAGCCAUGUCCGAGUGAUGUCUGUCC